UUUCUUUUGAUUCAACAUAGCUGGACCCUUAUAUGGAUGAGAACUUUGUCAAGCAAGCUUUUAGUGCUAUGGGAGAAUCGCCGCUGGGAGUAAAGAUCAUCACUCACAGGAUAACAGGGGGCUCAGCAGGAUACUGUUUUGUAGAGCUGGCAGAUGAAGGAAGUGUCGACCGCUGUGUGCAAAAACUCAACGGGAAACUGGUUCCAGGAUCAAACCCCCCCCGGAAGUUUAAGCUAAAUUAUGCAACGUACGGGAAACGCCCAGAGGCAGGGCCGGAGUUCUCAGUGUUUGUGGGAGACCUGGCCUCUGAAGUGGAUGACUUUCAGCUGCAUCAAGUCUUUAAGAAGUACCCUUCCUGCAAAGGAGCCAAAGUAGUCACCGACCAAUACGGCUAUUCAAAGGGCUACGGCUUCGUCAAGUUUGGUGACGAGAACGAGCAGAAGGCAGCGAUAGAGGAGUGCCAGGGAACGGUGCUGGGGGGGAAAUCCCUGAGGCUCAGUAUUGCUGUAGCUAAAAGCCAAAAGACAAACUACCAAGCAGGUUCCACCCAGAGUUACAGCAGCUACAACCCGACACAGUCUGGAUACUAUGGCAGCCAUGCGGCUGGUGCUCAGGGGGGGUACUAUCCUCAGUGGGGCGGCUAUGACCAGUACGGUGGAUACAGCACUGGUUACGGCGGCUACAACAGCGGAUAUAACAGCGGCUACAAUAGCAACUACAAUAGUGGUUAUAACUAUAACUACGGGGCAUAUGGAUACCCUCCCCCAGGUCACAUGAUGCCAACUCCUCCUAUGGGGAUGCCGUCCAUGUCUGCUGACAUGUCUGGAACUGGAGAGCAGGAGCAGGCGGAAAACCCUGAUGAUGAUAACUUAGAAGAGCCCAUCCCUGAAUGUGACGUUGAGAGGUGGAAUAAAGACUUCAUGCAGCACAGUGAGGAGCUUUAUGAUGCUUUGAUGAGCUGUCACUGGGAACCUUUGGACUCUGUUGACUCUCCAAUCCCCGCAUUAUCCUGAUAUCUCUUUCAUCAACAUCCACCUAUGUUUUCUUUUUAGAGACUUAUGGGUUUUUUUUUUUUAUGUACUUCCAAAACCUGUCACCAUAGACACAUCUUUAGAUAAUGCCAGCCAGAGCUCUGUUUUAUCAAGAACGGCUUGUUGAAGGUUUUGCAAACUUCUCGUUCAGCUUUUUGAUUUCAGGUUAGUGAACAAGUACAUGAACUGUGGAGAUCAGACUGUUUCUGUACAGGAGCUGGAGCUGACUUCGACACAGAGGCUGCUAAGUUAAACCGAAGGUUGUGGUAGCAUUUCAUCUCUUAAAAUUUGUCACUAAGGAACAGGUGGCAUGCUCUGGUGAUUAAACAGUUUUCAGUUUAAUAUCUCUUCAUCAUCGUGCAGAAAAUCAGUUCCAUUUUUAUUGAAGGAGUUUUACAUUUCUCUCUUGGUAGGAAUUUUAUUCAGAUAUAAGCUGGAUCGCGAGGGGAAAAUGUUUGUAUGUUUUCGGUAUGAGAGGCUCAAUGAGAAACGGAUGAAAGUUGCAUACCUGAGAUGUAUAAAUAAAGGCAACUGUAAGGUUUUUGUGAAAAACAAGCUAAACUUAUGAUAGCCUUUAUUUUAUGCUGUGUAGUGGAAAAUAUUUUGUAUAUAUAUUGUCUGAAGAUGUUUUUUAUGAAUAAACUAUAAAAAAAAAAUGGCA